AUGGGGCUCCCGCUCCAGGGAUCCCGGCUGAGCAUCAGCGCCCGCCUGGGGCCCGAGGAACCCGUCUUCGCGCAGCUGAAGCCCGUGCUGGGCGGCCGGGAAGGCGCGCUGUUCCCGGGGCAGGGUCCCGAGGAGAUCAAGCAGCAGCAACCCGGCGCAGGAGCCAGGAUCCCCUGCGAGGAGAUGGCGCAGCAGAUUCAUCAACGGACUCACACAGGGGAGAAACCCUUUCAAUGUGUGGAGUGUGGAAAGAGCUUCAGUGAGAGUGGAAAUCUUAGAAGACAUCAACGGACUCACACAGGGGAGAAACCAUUUAAAUGCAUGGAGUGUGGAAAGAGCUUCACUAACAGUGGAAGCCUUAGAAUUCAUCAACGGACUCACACAGGGGAGAAACCAUUUAAAUGCAUGGAAUGUGGAAAGAGCUUCACCAGAAGUGGAGACUGAAAACAUCAACGGACUCACACAGGGGAGAAACCAUUUAAAUGCAUGGAGUGUGGAAAGAGCUACAGUCAGAGUGGAUACCUUAGAAUUCAUCAACGGACUCACACCGGGGAGAAACCAUUUAAAUGUAUGGAGUGUGGAAAUAGCUUCACUAAAAGUGGAAACCUUAGAAUUCAUCAACGGAUUCACACAGGGGAGAAACCAUUUAAAUGUAUGGAGUGUGGAAAGAGCUACAGAUGGAGUGGACAACUUAGAAAUCAUCAACGGACUCACACAAGGGAGAAACCAUUUCAAUGUAUGGAGUGUGGAAAGAGCUACAGUUGGAGUGGAAGCCUUAGAAUUCAUGAACGGACUCACACAGGGGAGAAACCAUUUAAAUGCAUGGAGUGUGGAAAGAGCUACAGUUGGAGUGGAAACCUUAGAAUUCAUCAACGGACUCACACAGGGGAGAAACCAUUUAAAUGUAUGGAGUGUGGAAAGAGCUACAGUUGGAGUGGAAACCUUAGAAUUCAUCAAUUGACUCACACAGGGGAGAAACCAUUUCAAUGUAUGGAGUGUGGAAAGAGCUAUAAUUGGAGUGGAGACCUUAGAAUUCAUGAACUGACUCACACCGGGGAGAAACCAUUUAAAUGCAUGGAGUGUGGAAAGAGCUACAGUUGGAGUGGAAACCUUAGAAUUCAUCAACGGACUCACACAGGGGAGAAACCAUUUAAAUGUAUGGAGUGUGGAAAGAGCUUCACUAACAGUGGAGACCUUAGAAUUCAUCAACGGACUCACACAGGGGAGAAACCAUUUAAAUGUAUGGAGUGUGGAAAGAGCUUCACUAAGAGUGGAGACCUUAGAAUUCAUCAACGGACUCACACAGGGGAGAAACCAUUUAAAUGUUUGGAGUGUGGAAAGAGCUUCACUAUAAGUGGACACCUUAGAAAACAUCAACGGACUCACACAGGGGAGAAACCAUUUAAAUGCAUGGAGUGUGGAACGAGCUUCACUGAUAGUGGACACCUUAGAGAACAUCAAUGGACUCACAUAGGGGAGAAACCAUUUAAAUGUAUGGAGUGUGGAAAUAGCUUCACUAACAGUGGAAACCUUAGAAUUCCACGGAUUCACACAGGGGAGAAACCAUUUAAAUGUAUGGAGUGUGGAAAGAGCUACAGUCAGAGUGGAGACUUUAGAAUUCAUCAACGGACUCACACAGGGGAGAAACCCUUUCAAUGUAUGGAGUGUGGAAAGAGCUUCACUAAGAGUGGAGACCUUAGAAUUCAUCAACGGACUCACACAGGGGAGAAACCAUUUAAAUGCAUGGAGUGUGGGAAAAGCUUCAGUCGGAGUGGAUUCCUUAGAAUUCAUCAACGGACUCACACAGGGGAGAAACCAUUUAAAUGCAUGGAGUGUGGAAAGAGCUUCAGUCAGAGUGGACAGCUUAGAAGACAUCAACAGACUCACACCAGAGAGAAACCUUGUCUAAGUGUCACGCUUCUCCGGAUGUUUUAGACGUUUUAAUUUUUGUAUGGAUAAUAUUUGUUUUCUGACUGAAGGUCGAAUAAAUUCCAUUGAUUGAAUGAGUAUAAUGUGUGGAAGGAGGUCCGGGCAGGUCCCCAACCGAGAGGGCUAAGGGUCAACUUCCACCAAAUCCACCAGCAGGAGCCACUCUGGGCCCUGAGGGUGGAAAGCCCCCCUCCUCCUUGGCAACUGGACAUGAUCCGAGGGCAGUGAUGGCGAACCUUGUAGAGACCGAGGACCCAAACUGCAACGCAAAACCCACUUAUUUAUCGCAAAGUGCCAACACAGCAAUUUA